GCGGGGCCUCUUCGGCCGCGUGGCCCGUCGCCUUGACGACCCGGACAAGAUGGCGACGCUGCAGGGCGGGUUUCUGGGGCCGGACCCCGGGGCGCUGAGCCCCGCGCAGCAGGAGCAGCUAAGCCAAUUCAAAAUUCAGACUCGGAUUGCUAACGAAAAAUACCUAAGGACGCACAAAGAAGUGGAGUUGCUCAUAAGUGGUUUCUUCAGAGAAAUGUUUUUGAAAAGACCGGACGACAUCCAAGAAUUUGCUGCAGAGUAUUUCACGGAUCCAAGACUUCCCAACAAGAUUCACAUGCAGCUAAUUAAGGAGAAGAAAGCAGCUUAAUUAGCAGAAUCUUGAUGUUCAGCUGCUGAGAGAGACCAGCAAGAACACAGCCUCAGGGACUGCCUGGAAGCAGGAGAGCCCUGGUGCCAUCAGUGUGGGUUUCCAGGCCGCCUCGGGCCUGGUCUGCUGUUACAAAGGCUUGCAAAGCUAGUCAUUAAAAACAGAUGUUUCCGCUGUA